UCAUGAAAAUAAUGGAGGAAGAUAGAGCGGCUCCAGAAAGUAUUAUUUGCUUGUCAAUUAAGUAAACUCAAUUUAUAUUAAGUAUAAUAAAUAAAUUAAAUCCCAUAUUUUUAGAUUAUUUAAAUUCGUAAUUUGACCUAUUUUAAAACAUCUCCACUUCCCAACGUCCAUCACACUUCAAAAUUUCAAAUUCUUUUUCUAUGAAGGCCUUGACCCCAAAAUCGAAACAAAGUAUCAGGCUCAUCAAUGGCAAUAUCUGACUCUGACCAAGAAAGCUCUAAAGAUUACAAUGAAGGAUUCGAAGAAGAAGAGUACAGUAGUAAUCAUGGAUCGGACCCGGAUUAUGAUUCGGGUACUGAUCCAAGUUAUAGCAUUGAAGAGGAGACUCGUGCCAAGCUCCAGAACUUUUCCAUCAAGAAAAAAUCAAGGGCAGGUGUUGCUAAGGAUUCUGAUUUGAGUAUUAAGAAAGAUCCAGAAGAAAUGGAGAUGAAUUUUCCAGAGGUUGAUGAUAAAAGUUAUGAGUACGUUCAAAAGAUUAUAAAAGCUGGGAAGCUAGAGAAGCUGAAAGUAGAUCAAUGUAAGGUUUAUCUGAGGAAAAAUGGACUUAGAUUGAGUGGAAAGAAGGACAUGCUCAUGCAGCGCAUAAAGGAGCAUUUGGAGAUUUUAAAUGGUGGAGGGGAGAAGAAGUAUCCACUCUCCAGCUUCGUAUUGAACUGUAAAGGUGAUGCGUGCACUGGUGAUGUCGUUAUGUUUGAGCAGAAUGUUUACGAAAUGUUUAACAUAGCAUCCCGAAGUGCUAGUGGUCCACCAUGUGGUACGAGAAUUGUUGCAGGCCGCAUUGUCAAAGAAAGCUAUGGUGCUGCCAAACAGCAGCAUACAUUUACAAUAGAAGUCCUCUGGAGCAAAGGGGAGAAACCGCUUCCUCCUCUUCAUCCCCUCUUAAUCAAGGGUCGAAACCUUUACAGACUGAAGACCUUGAGGCAGAAAUGGGAAGAUGAAGGGGAGAGGCAAAGAGUUUUGAUGGAAAAGCACUCAAGGGGUUCACUUGCCAGGUCAGAUAGAGAAGUGCGGAUCCUGGAAAGGGAGAGGAGGGAAAUGCUCAGAGCAAAUAGAAUCUUCAAAAAAGAAGGGAGAAACAAGACUCAGUCCCAGUUAACUUCAACAACAACAACAGAAAUUCGACCUCAACAGCCAGGUACAUCUAGUAAUUCAGGAAUAGUAGCACCUCAGCAUCAACAGUCAGGUUUAACUGUUGUAGCGGGAAAACCAACAAGUCAAACUCAUGGGUCAGGAUCAGUCUUUGAUUUAGAGAAACCACCAAUUAUGUCUCAACAAUCAGGUUUCUUAGCUGAACCCCAGCAGCUUGCAAAUCAACCUAAGCAGUCAGGUUUAUCAGUUACUCCCAGAGAAAAAAGGACUCAACUCACCGAACAGUUAGCCUUUUCUCCUAAUUUCAAGGCUAAAAGUUUUCAAUCAGAGUAUAAAAAUGUUCAUGUACCUCAGCGGCUUGCAAAUAAACCUAAGCAAUCUGGUUUUUCAGUUGCUGCUAGAGAAAAAAGGAUUCAACUCCCUGAACAGUCAGGUUUUUCUCCUAAUUUCAAGGCUAGAAGUUUUCAAUCAGAGUAUAAAAAUGUUCAUGUAUGGGAAGGUUAUCAAAAUCAAAUUCCUCGUUAUUCGGUCCAGAGCAGUAGCAUUCCGGAGGUUCAGCUUCAAAAGGGUGAUAAAUUUCACGUAGAAUACAGAAAAACUAACUUCCAUAUGAAUAAAUACCAGAAUUCUAUCAAUGACAAGUCCACCAGAAGUGGAACGAGUAAGUUGCCUGAGACGAGCUAUCAUAGACAUCAGCUGAAAAGCAUGAACAAUUGUCAUCCAGUAACUCCGCCACAGAGACGAGGCUUCCUUUCACAACAGCCCUGCCGGUAUCAUGCCCAAGGACGAUGCUAUUAUGGAGAAAACUGUAAAUUUUUGCAUGAAACGAGAGAGCUGCAUGGAGCAGAGGAAAAAAGAUUCUGGAGGUACGGACAUUAUUAAAAUUUAGAAUGUAGGAAGGUUUGAGCACAAGUCCAAAUUUUGAGUGGUUUCAUGGAAUUCAUGGCCUUGUGGACAAUGGAGAAAUUGAGCUUUUUGUCUGUUUUAUUUGGUAAAUGCUAUGUACCGAUUCCUUUUUUAUACAAUUGUCUUGGGAGAAGUUGGUGGAGGAUACGCUUUUAAA